GUCGGAGGCGGGGAGUUUUGCAGCUUACCUACUUCUGAAAACGUUGUUUUGAACUGACGCCAAAUUAAUCUGAAUGAACGCCUCUAGCAUUAGUUAUACAAUGCGUUAGAGUAUUUAGAACAUAACUCUCACAUUACCAGACGCAAAGCUACAAAUUACAUUUAAAAAACUCGCAAACAAAACUUUUGCUGUCGGGGGUCCUGUGACACUCAGCAGAGUCUAUGUGGGCAAAUACAGCCGUAUAGAAACGGCAGUAGCUGAUGUAUCUCUUUAAAAAAACGGCCUACUGGGAAAAUUUGUUGUUUAUGAAUAAGUCUCUUUUGUUACCAGGACAUCCACAGAGCCAUGAAGAAAACCCAUGCAGGCGCGCGCUCGCGAGCUCUCGCGAGCAAGGCUUCCAGUGUUCCAGACCGGCCGCACUCGUGGUAACGUACACCACAGAGGAAGUCGUAGCUAUCUAGCAACUGUGGAGGCGAACUACAAGAUGGCGCAGCUCUCAGAGUCGCAAGAUGAUACCAAAAUGGAAUUUAAUGAUUAUGGAAUACCCUUAGAAAUUGUCCCUCGCUUAAGCUGUACUGACCCUGAAGCGGAUCGGCUAAUCGCAAACAUGAUGCCUGCAGUCCUGACGGACACCAACUUGGUCACAUCGGCACUUAAGUGGGAUUUGGACUACCUCUGUGAGCACAUGGGAAGCGGUGACUGCACCGUGUAUGAAUCAGAUUCUGUUGUCUUCAAGUAUUACGACGAUGCCAAGGUCAAGGAACAUCGACUCAAAAACUUUUCCCCUCCAACUCGUCGACUGGAGAUGAAAAUAGGCCAGUUUGCAGAGCAAUUGAGGAAUGGUGGCCGAACCAAGUACUACUUGCAGCAGUCCUUGAAUGAAACAGUUGGGCGGAACAUGGUGCUUGACUUCCUCAGCUUUAACUGGCAGUGGGUUAACCGGCAGCAGAAGCAAAAUGCCUGGGGCCCUCUGACAUCAAACCUCCUCCUUGUUGCCACUGAAGGCAACAUUACACCUGUUCACUAUGAUGAACAGCAGAACUUCUUUGCCCAGCUGAGGGGCUACAAGCGGUUUCUGCUCUUCUCCCCUGAUCAGUACAGAUGCCUGUACCCUCACCCAGUGUGGCAUCCUCAUGACCGACAAAGCCAGGUAGACCUUGCCAAUCGAGAUUUGGACCGUUUUCCCUUGUCUGCUCAACUGUCUGGAUGGGAAGCCAUUGUCGGUCCUGGUGAUGUCCUCUACCUUCCUAUGUACUGGUGGCACCAGGUAGAGUCAGCGCCUCACAAUGGCUACACAGUCUCGAUCAACUUCUGGUACAAGGGUGACGAGGGCGAUGACCCCUUGCUCGGCAAUCGUCACAUCGUCAGUGGGAACCGAUGUGCUGUUGGUGAUUUGCUGUUUGGAGUCGACAACGACUGCGGACGAGGCAUGGCUCCUACGACUGCACCAGCAGACAAAGUCAUCUACCCACUGGUUGGUCAUCAGAAGAUGGCUAUCAUGCGAAACAUUGAAAAAAUGCUUAUUGAAGCACUCAAGGAUGUCAAUGAGGUUGGCCCAUUAUUAAGAGCUAUGGUGCUUGGAAGAUAUACAUGAGUUUGUUUUGGAGUCCACUCAUUGUUUUUUGCAAGUGUAAAUGGCCGCUUUUGCAUGCUUUUAAAGCAAUGGUCUUGUCAUGCAGAUGUUUUUCUGCAGACUUCAGUAGGUGUUAGAUUAACUUAUUUACUCUGCAGUCUUUUGCUGCAGUGAGGUGACAUAUUUUUUUUAUUAGGCAAAGGUCAAUAAAUUUCUUCACAUUUUA